GUUUUUUUUUGGAUAUUUUUCAUGUUUUUGAUUUUCGUUCAAUUUUCGGUGAUCAAUGUUGUUGAAAGAAUGUCUUCAAGAUUUUUGCGAGAAAUUCUGAAUAAACCAAGAUUACCAAGUAGAGAUAUUCCCCAAUAUAUUCGGGAUAGAGCUACUGGUACAUUGGGCAAUGGCCAGCAAAAACCAGCAUUAGUUUGGCUAUAUAAAAAAAAUCAAAUACGAAAAAGAUUUGCAACAUUUGGAAAAAGUUCUGGUCUAAAACCGGGUAUUUGUUGGCCGAGUAGAGAUGAAUUAGAAUACAUGAAACAAUUUGAUCAAACAUUCGAAAAAAGUAUCCAGACAAUGCAGGAAAAUUUAUUGCAAACUAAAAAAGCUGAACAGGAAAAACGGCUGAAACGAGAAAAACAAAUUGUUGCCAACCUAAAGAAAUUACCCAAAAUGAAAGAAGAAUUUUGGCAAAAUUAUCAUAAUUUAUAUUCGGAAAUUGAAGAGGAAAAGACGAAAAAGACUAAAUUGAUACAAGAUGUGCGAGAAUAUCUGGGCUAUGAUAUCGAACCAAAUGAUCCACGCUUUGAAGAAGCAUUGGCCAAAAAGGAUGAAGAAGCUAAAAUAGCUAUGCGUGCUGCACGUAAAUUAGAAAAACAACGACAACAUAUGGAAAUGUUACAGGCAUUGGUUUCGGAAGCAUUGGAAAAAGAAAAAUCCACCACCAACAAAGCAACCGAGGACCGAACAAAAGAUCCGAGUAGUUCGGAAAACUAGUCCAUAAAUAAAUCAAAAUCAUAUUAAACUUUAUUGAGAAGAGAAAAAUAAAUAUUGUCGAAUAAGAUAUAUUCGUGCAUUUUGAUAAUAAAAAAUAGAAAAUAGUUUAGCAAAUCCAA